AUUUUAUUUUGAAAUGGAUAAGGACUUUUUAAAAUCAAUAAUUACAGAAAUCUUACCAAAUACAAAGAGAACUCUUGAAAGAAGGUAAAAGUAGUUGGAGGAAGAAGAGAAGAAAAAAAAAGAGGUAUAAUUAUAAUUGAUAUAAUAAUAUAGUAAGAGUCGUAAUAAAAAGAGGAAGCAGAAAAGUAAAAGAGGUAAGUGUUGAUAAUGCUGGAAAAAGAGAGAUAAAAGAAAUAAGAGGAAGAUAGGAAAAAAGAAGAAGAGAAAAGGAGUUAAGAAGAAAUCUAAUAGAUGAAUACAUUAAAAGGUGAAUAUGGUAAUAUGAUGAUCGAUUUGGCAACCGGGGAUUCUAAAUUGGAUUAUACAAUAUCAGGAUUAGAUUUGAGACCAACUUAAAUUAGAGUUUUAGUAAAAGUUACAGAAAAUAAUAAUACAUUAAAAGGAUUGUCAAUGAGUAGGAAACGUAUAGCUGAUGAGGAAGGAUAAGAGAUAGCAGCAAGUUUAGAGAAAAAUAUGGUCUUAGAAAGGUUAAUGUUAUAAUCUAUGUUAGAUUAGAACUAGAAGGUAAUCAUCUUGGACCAAAGACUUUGAUUGCCAUUUCAAAAUUAUUAGAGUAAAAUAAAUCUAUUAGAGUAAUUGAUUUAGAAAAUAAUAAUCUAACAAACUAUGACAAAGAUAAAAAUACCUAUGAUUUAAGUGGGAUAAAUGCAUUGAAGGAGGCUCUUAAAAAAAAUGAUACAUUAUUAUAAUUGAAUCUAUGUAACUGUAAAUUAGAUGAAAAAUGUGGUGAAACUUUAGCAGAGGCUUUGAAAGAGAAUACAAGUUUAAUUUGUUUAGACAUUACUGAAAAUCCAAAAAUGAGUUUAAAUGAUGUUAGAAAAUGCUAAGAUUAUUUAAUUAGAAAUAAAAAGAUUUAUGAUGAUGAACGAUAUAGAGAAUUCUAAGAAAGAUAAAGAAUUAGAAAUGAAGAUUAAACUUCAACUAUUUAGAUGUAAGAUAAAGAAAAAGCUAUAACAGCUUAGGAAGGUAUUGAGUAAAGGUUAUAAAAUGUAUUAUUUUUAGAAUGAAUGCUAGAAGACUUGAACUUGAAUAAUAAUGGAAAGAAGAAUUAGACAAGGAGGCUAAAUUAAAAGAAAAAACUGUUCACAAUUUAAUGAAAUAAGCUAAAUUACUUGGUAAGAAAAAAGGUAAAGGAGGAGGUGCAAAAAAAAAGUGAU